AAACUUAUGAGUCUUAGAUGUCAUAGUUUGAGAUUUCACAUAGAAACAUUUGGAGUGUUCUAACAAUUUGCACCUUUCAAGUAGAUGUGUAUUUUUCUUUUUUUGAUAUAUAAUGUAUUUUAGAUGUAUUUUGCUCUAAAUGACUGUUAUCACUAGUUAUGUUGAAUAUAGUGUGGCCCUGUUUUGAGGAAAGGGCACUGAAUGCAGAUCUUGCUGUGCCUUGAACCCUUAGCUUAUUUGCCAUUGGGAAUGCCUCCUGCAGUUUUUGCAGACUCCGUUCCCAGGUGCCUUUGUUCAGAACUUAGGUGCCCCUGUUACUCUACUUUUUAUUUUGCGUUGUAAAAUUUCGGCUUCUACUUGGCUGUUAAUACACAUGCACAAUGAAGAAGCUCAUAGUACUAAGCUAGGCAGACAGUUUUCCUUCAAACCAGGCUGAGCUAAAGCACUGUUUCCGACGGAGCCUUCACUGGCAAGACAGGGCAAAAUCGGUAGCUCUGAUAUUUUCUCAACUGCCACCAAAAUAAAGCCAAACCCCAAAACCCUUUCUUCUUGCCCCUCAUCCCUGUUUGUGGCACUGUCUGACGUCUGUCGCUCCCACCACGCGCUCCCGGCUCUCCACAGAUCAGGUCCCAGCAGCUCCCCACGCGCGCUGCGGCGCGGUCCGUGGCUGGCGCGGCACUACGCGAGCACAGCCAGGGGCCCGCGCGGGCUCGCGUCACUCCGGGCGGAUGCAGCCGGCGGUGUUCUCGGGUCACAGUCCGCCUUUGACCGCCAAUGAACCUGGGGUGGCCAGCUCCAGCCCGGGCAGGAGGAGGAGUAAGUCUCGAGCAGCCAGUCGGCCAGCGGUCUCUCCAGAGCGGCGGGACGCAGAAGCGCACGCCGCCCUGCUUUACGGCAAGGACGCGCGCGUUUGCGAUAGCGUGAAGCAAGCAAGUUUUGGCGGGAAAAGCGCUGCAUUGGGACUGCUGUGGUGGGCUCCUGUCUCGCCCAGCUGGGUGCGCGGCGAAGUCAUGGCCGUGCCCUUCGUGGAAGACUGGGACUUGGUGCAGACCCUGGGAGAAGGGGCCUAUGGAGAAGUUCAACUUGCUGUGAAUAGAAUAACUGAAGAGGCAGUUGCAGUGAAGAUUGUAGACAUGAAGCGUGCCGUAGAUUGUCCAGAAAACAUUAAGAAAGAGAUCUGUAUCAAUAAAAUGUUAAAUCAUGAAAAUGUAGUGAAAUUCUAUGGUCACAGGAGAGAAGGCAAUAUCCAGUAUCUAUUUCUGGAGUACUGUAGUGGGGGAGAGCUUUUUGAUAGAAUAGAGCCAGACAUAGGCAUGCCUGAACAAGAUGCUCAGAGGUUCUUCCAUCAACUCAUGGCAGGGGUGGUUUAUCUGCAUGGUAUUGGAAUAACUCACAGGGAUAUUAAGCCAGAAAAUCUCCUUUUGGAUGAAAGGGAUAACCUCAAAAUCUCUGACUUUGGCUUGGCCACAGUGUUUCGGCAUAAUAAUCGUGAACGUUUAUUGAACAAGAUGUGUGGUACUUUACCUUAUGUUGCUCCAGAACUUCUAAAGAGAAAGGAAUUUCAUGCAGAACCAGUUGAUGUUUGGUCCUGUGGAAUAGUGCUUACUGCCAUGUUGGCUGGAGAAUUGCCAUGGGACCAGCCCAGUGACAGUUGUCAGGAAUAUGUUGAUUGGAAAGAAAAGAAGACGUAUCUCAACCCUUGGAAAAAAAUUGAUUCUGCUCCACUAGGAGCAAAGAGACCCCGGGUCACUUCAGGUGGUAUGUCAGAGUCUCCUAGUGGAUUCUCUAAGCACAUUCACUCAAAUUUGGACUUCUCUCCAGUAAACAGUGCUUCUAGUGAAGAGAAUGUGAAGUACUCCAGUUCUCAGCCAGAACCACGGACGGGUCUUUCCUUAUGGGAUACCUGUCCCUCGUACAUCGAUAAACUGGUACAAGGGAUCAGUUUUUCCCAACCCGCAUGCCCUGAUCAUAUGCUUCUGAAUAGUCAGUUAGUUGGCACCCCAGGAUCUUCACAGAACCCCUGGCAGCGGUUGGUCAAAAGAAUGACACGUUUCUUUACCAAACUGGAUGCAGAUAAAUCUUACCAGUGCCUGAAAGAGACUUGUGAGAAGUUGGGCUAUCAAUGGAAAAAGAGUUGUAUGAAUCAGGUUACUGUGUCAACAACUGACAGGAGAAACAAUAAACUGAUUUUCAAAGUGAAUUUGGUAGAAAUGAAUGAGAAGAUAUUGGUUGACUUCCGGCUUUCUAAGGGUGAUGGAUUGGAGUUCAAGAGACACUUUCUGAAGAUUAAGGGGAAGCUGAGUGAUGUUGUGAGCAGCCAGAAGGUUUGGCUUCCUGCCACAUGAUCAACCUAUACCCCUGGGUAUUGCUGGUGAAUAUAGUGCUGCUAUGUUGACAUUAUUCUUCCUAGAGAAGAUUAUCCUAUUCUGCACACUGCGAACAAUCAUUGCUGAAGAGUUUUCUUCCUUAUGCAAACAUCUUCCAAUUCUUUGUAUGUUUUGGAUACAAAUAAUACCUGUAUCUUAAUUGUAAGUAAUACCUUGGGAAGGGCCAUUGUUUCAUCUGUGUGUUGUGUCUGAAUUUGAAAUCCAUCUGAUAGAAACUAGCUUUUAGGGUCCGUGUGUUCAUCAGAUUUUAUAAUAACAUAACAUCCCAUUCUUAACAGAACAUGUUUCAUCCAGGAAAUGUGUCUUCCACAUUGACUUAAUUAUAAAAAUGGUUGAUAAAGGCUUAGUCCUUGUGACUUUUGGAUGGUAAAUUGUUCAGUCAGGGAAGUGACUCUAGCUUCAAGAAAUGUAACCUGAAGAUUUGUACUUAGUUUUCAAAAGGGUCUGACCAGCUACAUAAAUCUGUUGCUGAGUUAUAAGGAUUAAUUAAAUACUGGUUGGUCUUUCAGAAAGUUGAGUAUAAAUUCUACUGCUUAACUAAAAUUGCUGUUGCACCUCUAAAUAUUUUUCUAUAUUCUCUACUUUCACAGCCAUAUUUUAAUUCUUCACUACAGAAAUAAAGUCUAUUUUGAAAGUGA